ACAAACACAAUCUGGCCACCUUAUAUAUUGGAGGUGUUCUUUUAUGGAAGCCUGUGAGGAAUUAAAAACUGAGAAACUUCAUAGUUAUAGUGUUCCUAAGUUUUGUUGGCAAAAAUGACCUUCAACGAUGAUGAGAUGCUUGUUUCCCCUACAGACUCAGGGUCAAGACCAACACCGAUUGUACCAGGAAGAGUACAGCUUAUAAGCAUAAACAAUAACACGGUACCACUUGAAGAAACCAAACUCAAGGUGAUGUUGGAGCUCACUGGUGGUGAUUCCAGCAAUGACAGACCUGGAUUGGACCUCGUGGCGGUGUUAGAUGUCAGUGGAAGCAUGGAAGGAGAGAAGAUAUCAAAAGUCAAAACUGCCAUGCUAUUUAUGAUCAAGAAACUUAGUUCCAUUGAUCGUCUGUCAAUUGUCACAUUCUCUGGAGAUGCUAGAAGGUUGUGCCCGUUGCGCCAGAUAUCUGAAACUUCUCAAAGGGAGCUUGAAAAUCUGAUCAACGGUCUAAAGGCUGAAGGUGCAACUAACAUCACUGCAGGCCUUAAAACUGGCUUAAAUGUGCUCAACGACCGUAGAUUAAGCGGCGGCCGUGUGGUUGGCAUCAUGCUUAUGUCCGAUGGGGAGCAGAAUGCCGGUGGUGAUGCUGCCCAGGUUCCAGUCGGCAAUGUGCCCGUACAUACAUUCGGUUUUGGCAUAAAUCACGAACCGAGGGUACUCAAGGCUAUCGCACAAAAUAGUGUGGGAGGAACAUUCUCAGAUGUUCAAAACACGGACAACUUAAGUAAAGCUUUUUCCCAGUGUUUGGCUGGGCUUCUCACAGUGGUUGUUCAAGACCUGAAGCUGACGGUGACACGAAUCGAAGAUGAAUCGACAAUAGAGCAGGUAUCUGCCGGAAGCUAUCCACAAUCCAAGGACGAUGAUGCUGGCUCUAUAACUAUUAUGUUUGGCGAUCUCUACAGCAAAGAGGUGCGCAAGGUCAUAGUAGACCUUCUUCUUCUUGCUGUUGAUAAGGAGCGGGGUGCAGAUGUUCUCGAAAUCACUUACUCAUACAGCACUGGGGGAAAGCUGUUUGAAGCCCCUCCUGCGACCAUUACUGUAAGCCGCACCGGGACAUCACUAGAUCAGGAAGAGAGGCCAGAGGUGUUAACUGAGGAAACCCGUCUCCGGACUGCAAGAAUGAUAAAAGAAGCAAGAGUCAUGGCUGAUGACAGUAAACUAGAUGAUGCUCGAGACAAGCUGGUUGAAGCACAGAACUCAUUGGAGGAUGUCGUUGAUGAGUCUAACCCAUUAGUUGAGAUGCUAAGAUCGGAACUGCAACAACUUCUGAAAUUGAUGAAAUCACAAGAAAUCUAUGAAAAACAAGGGCGUCCCUUUGCACUCUCCUCCGAGACGUCCCAUGAUCGCCAGCGUUUUGCAUCAAGAGGUGAUGUGGAAAGCCUGCGGUUAUUUGCCACUCCCCGUAUGGACAAAUACCUUGAGCAAGCCAAGUCAUUUGACGAGGAUCCCAGCAAGCCGCUGCCCUCAGUGGAUGAGGAUGUGAAGGAAGAAAUCGCUGCCAAUCCCCUUGCUCCCAUCGUUGGACCUCUUACCUUCUAUAUUCAGGCAGCCAUCCAGUCCCUCCAAGCCAUUGAAAAAAUUAUCAGCAGAGGCCUUUGAUUCCAUUUGGUCAUCUCUCUAAAUUACAUUAUGCUUUUGCAUUUGAAUUGGUCAUCUCUAAACUAUCACGUGGUUUGAUGUUAGACCACUGUCUAUGCUAUCCUAGCCAGGCCCCAGUGGAAUUGUGUAAGGUUUUUGUCUAUUUUUGCAUAAUUAGCCUUUGCGUGCCAAUCGAUUAAUGAUAAAUAAAUUAUCCUUUUGGAAGCUCAAAAAA